UACCAUUGCAAGAGUUACAAAAAGUAGUUGUCUAGAGGAUUUUAAAGUGAUGUUUAUGGUCAAAAGGAAGGGGAAACGAAAUGCGCAUGUUCCUCGUCAGUAGUAUCUUCAAUUGAAUGUGUGCUGCCGUAAUGUUCAAAAAUGUGGGUUAGUCGCGAUUUGUUAGCCGCACGUCGCGGCCGCCAAUCGUUUCCGUAAUAAUAAUUAUGUCGAAAUUUACUCGAAAAUUAGUAUUAUGGCGUAUCGCCCUGACUGUUAUAAUCAACAAACUUCUUGGAUAUCUAUCGAGGAUUAUACCAAGACGAAAAAUGACUCUUAGAAUUGAACAAGGUAUCAUACAAGGUCUUUAUUUCAAAACAUGUAUAUCGAAAAUUCCGUAUGUUAGUUUUUUAGGAGUUCCAUAUGCAAAAGCUCCUAUUAAAGAACUACGAUUUAAGCCACCAAUUAAACACGAUGGGUGGACUGGUGUUUAUAAAGCUUUUACAGAAAAAAGUAAAUGUCCACAAUAUGAUGCAAUGGUAACAAAAACAAUUGUUGGAAAUGAAGAUUGCUUACAUUUAAAUAUAUACGUACCUCAAAUAGAUGACGAAAAAAAGGCUAUAAUGGUAUUCAUACACGGUGGUGCAUUCAACUUUGGUUCUGCAUCAGAAGAUUUUUAUUCUCCUGACUAUUUACUUGAUGAAAACACAAUUGUAGUUUCUAUUAACUAUCGCUUAAAUGUUUUAGGAUUUUUAAAUUUUGGUAUUGACGAAUGCCCUGGUAACAUGGGUUUAAAAGAUCAAUUAUUUGCCUUGAAAUGGAUUAAAGAAAAUAUAUCUGCGUUUGGGGGCGAUAGUGAAAAUAUUACAAUAUUUGGUGAGAGUGCAGGAUCGGCAUCAGUUCAUUACCAUAUGAUGUCUCCUUUAACGUCUGGCUUGGGUUUAUUUCAAAAAGCUAUUAUGCAAAGUGGAUGUGCUUUUAAUUGCUGGGCAUUUAAUAAUCAUCAUACAGAAGCCGCUUAUAAAAUAGCAGAAAAUUUGGGAUGUACAGCAAAAGAUCCACACGAAAUAGUUCAAUAUUUAAGAAAAGUACCUGUGAGUGAUCUAGUAAAAGCUACGACUGUUAAAUUUAAAAUUGAAGGACAAAGGGAUAUAAUUAACUAUCAGUUUGUUCCAUCUGUUGAAAGUUAUCAAGUUAGUGAACGCUUUUUACCUGAUAAUCCAGAAAACUUAUUAAAAACUGCUCCUUCAAUACCGUUAAUAUCUGGGAUCAAUAACAGAGAAGGACUGAUAAUAUUUGCAGAACAUAGAUUAAAAACAUUGAUGAAAUUUCAUCAACUUGAUAAAAUAAGUAAACUUCUGGAAAACGAACUAAACAAUGAUGAAGUUAGAGAAAAAAUUCAAAAUUUCUAUUUUAAAAAUCACCACCUCAAAACAAACAAUGAACAAUUAGAAAAUAUUUGCACGUUGAUAAGUGAUGUAUUUUUUGCAAAAGAUUUUCAUCGGGCAUUUAGCUAUUUACUUGAAAAAAAUAGUCCGCAAGUUUACAAUUACGAAUUUAAAUUUGACGGCGAUAUUAAUAUGUGUAAAAAACUACUUUUUGCUUCUAGACCAGAAAUAAGGAUGUUAAAAGGGGCAUGCCAUGCUGACGAAUUAAGUUAUUUAUUUUAUGGGAAAUUAUUCAGAUUUUCACCUAAAUCAAAUUCAGAGGACCUAAGUAUGUGCAAAAUGAUGAGCAAAUGGUGGACUAAUUUUGCAAAAACUGGAAACCCCAAUUCAGCGGACCUUGAUAUUAAAUGGAUUAAUACAAGUUUGAAGAAUCCUAAAUAUUUGUCAUUAAAUGGCUAUAAUACAUCUAUGAUUGACGGACUAUUGAAUGAGACAAGAGUAACUUUUUGGAACAAUUUAUAUGAGUUAAGUAAAUUGAACCAAAAGUUGUAAAAAAUGUAAUAUAAAAUAUGUUACACAUGUAAUAAUAAUCUAAUUUUUAAGAAUUUUUGUGUGUAUGCAAUUAUUAUGUAUAAUAAAACUAAUUAACUACUUUUGCGCAAAUUGUAAAUGAAAUAAACUCUUUUUUUUUUUU